GUUCAUUCAGAACAGAUGAUGCUCCUGAUCACAUGCGCUCAUCUCCUCUCUCCCCCCACCCCACCCGAGCCCUUUAAAUAGCCUUAUUACACCAAGAAUUCAUUUGUACUACAGGAGGGAGAGAGGGAGCAAACAAAGAGAGGGAGGGAGAUUUGACAGACAAAAGUACCACUGUAGUGCCGGAGGGCGGGGGAGGUCUGGGAACCAUGAUGGCUCUGUCAGAGCCAGCAAACUCCAGGGAUAGCUAGGGACAGGGGACGUGCAUUUGAAUCAAUAGUGCUAUACAAAUGUUCUGUACUAGCAGGCAGGACUGGGGCGGGAGAGGAGAGCCUGGGAUGAGAAGACUCCAGUGCUCCGGUGAUGGCAUGGACCGGACACUUCUCCAGUGGCUGUGUUACCUACCUCUUAUCUCUGUCACCGUCCAGUACCCCCAAAGUGCCAGGGAACAAGACUGAUGCGGAGCGGCUGUUAGCAAAGAUGGGGAAUUGAGGCACUCUGAAGAGAAGUGAUUUGCUCAAGUUGACAAGAAAGUUACCGACAGAAUCAGGAACAGAAACCAGGCAAACCAUGGCUGGAGACUCUAGGAUCUUCAUGGACCAGGACAUGGAUAUUGGAGUCACAUCCAGGGAGUCCAAGAAGAUUCAUAAACAACCGCGAGACUUUGUCCCUAUUGCCACCGACCGAACUCGCCUCCUGGCACCCGAAGUCAAGAAGCCACGCCAGCGGUACAUGGAGAAAAGUGGCAAGUGCAACGUGCACCAUGGAAAUGUCCAAGAAACCUAUCGGUACCUUAGUGACCUCUUUACCACACUGGUGGACCUCAAAUGGCGUUUUAACCUUCUUGUCUUCACCAUGGUCUAUACCAUCACUUGGUUAUUUUUUGGCUUCAUUUGGUGGCUUAUUGCCUACAUCCGAGGAGACCUGGACCAUCUUGAAGAUGAGAACUGGAUUCCUUGUGUGGAAAAUCUCAGUGGAUUUGUCUCUGCAUUUCUGUUUUCCAUUGAAACCGAGACAACCAUUGGGUACGGCUAUCGGGUCAUCACCGAGAAGUGCCCUGAGGGCAUUGUACUGCUCCUGAUACAGGCUAUCCUGGGCUCCAUAGUCAAUGCGUUCAUGGUGGGGUGCAUGUUUGUCAAGAUCAGCCAACCAAAGAAGAGAGCUGAGACCCUCAUGUUUUCCAACAAUGCUGUGAUUUCCGUGAGGGAUGAGAAGCUCUGUCUAAUGUUCCGGGUUGGGGACCUCCGGAAUUCACACAUCGUCGAGGCAUCCAUUAGAGCCAAGCUGAUUAAGUCCAAACAGACCAAAGAAGGGGAGUUUAUCCCCUUGAACCAAACAGACAUCAAUGUGGGCUUUGAUACUGGGGAUGACAGGCUGUUCUUGGUGUCACCACUCAUCAUCUCACAUGAGAUUAAUGAGAAGAGCCCCUUCUGGGAGAUGUCACGUGCCCAGCUGGAGAAGGAAGAGUUUGAAAUUGUGGUCAUCUUGGAAGGGAUGGUUGAAGCAACAGGGAUGACAUGCCAGGCCCGGAGCUCCUACAUGGACAAAGAAGUGCUGUGGGGACACCGCUUCACUCCUGUCCUCACCCUCGAGAAGGACUUUUAUGAAGUGGACUACAACAGCUUCCACAACACCUACGAAACCAACACACCUGCGUGCUGCGCCAAAGAGCUGGCUGAAUCUCUCCAGGAGGGCCGGCUCCUCAGACACCUCUCCAAUGCCACCCUCCUGAGUGGGGGCGGAGAAGCAGAGAUGGCCAAAAAGGAGAAAGAGGAGGAAGAAGAUGAUGGAAAGGAGCCAGCUGGGUUAAAUGGAGCCAAUGGGACAGCAGGAGAGGUGAAGCCAGACGUAUCUGUAUAACACGAGGAUCUGUGCUGGACACUGGACAAUGCAGAUGCUUUUUUUUACAGGGGAUGUGUUUGGUCCAGUGAGUAAAGCACUGGACUGGGAAUCAGGAGACCUGGGUUCUGUUUCCAGCUUUGCUGCUGACCUGCUGUAUGACCUUGGGCAAAUCACUUCACACACCCAUGUUGGUUUUCCCCACCUAUAAUGUGGGAGAUCUGAUACUUUACGCACCUUUGCAAAGCACUUUGAUAUCGAAUAGACAAGGCUUACUAGCUAGGGGGUAUUAUUACCGUUGAAGUUCCCCCACUGAUCGCUUUAAAAGACACUCAUCGGAUUUUCAAAAUUAUUUCUCUUUCAGGAGGUAUUAAAAAAAAAUACAAAUGUCAAACCUCCCAGCUAAGUAAGAAGAAUGUAGUUAAUUUACAACUCAAUGCAUUGUAGACAUUGUUACUACUAAAUUAAAGGAGGAAAAAAAUCUCUCCUGCAUCCAGUGAACUGUCUUGCAUUCCCAGUGAUUUAUAUGUGGUGUUUUCGAGUUUUCCUCCCAAACCCUGUCUAGUGUGACUCAUUCCUGCCAGGCUGAAAUGUCUGCGUUUCAAAUCUUGCCCAUGAGAAAGUAUUUUUUUAUUACUUGAAUGAUAUGUGGCAGUGGAUGGUUACACAACUAUAGCCCAAAAAGGAGUUUGAAUGCUGUACUGCUUGAAGUUCUUGUUGAUACUCUCCCACAAGUGGAGAACGUAACACUGACAAAGUGUGUCAUGUCCAGGAUAAAAGUCUAAUUUUGCUAUGA